CGUAUUCUAUGAUUUUUACACGCGUGCAAGCGGUAUUGCAGAGAGAACUAUAAAUAUGAAACAAAUACGAAUUUGAUCUUUUCUGUGAAAGGUAAAAGACAAGAAGUCAUGGUAAAUGUCACGAAAGGAAUUUUAGUUGAAUGCGAUGCUGCUAUGAAGCAAUUUCUUUUACAUUUAGAUGAGACAUUUGCUUUGGGGCGAAAAUUUAUUAUUCAAGAUUUAGAUGAAAGACAUUUGUUUAUUUCUGCUGAUAUCUUGGACACCUUACAGACAAAAGUAGAUGAUCUUAUGGAUCAAAUAUCAUUUCCUUUAGCAGAGAAAGGAAUAUAAAUAUCAAAAAAUGUUUUUCUUUACAAUAUAUCAUAAAACAGUUUAAGAAAUUAUAUAUUUAUUGUAAAAUAAUUAAAAAUGGCUGCACGUGAAUCUGGUAGAAUAAAAGAUGCUUAUCAAAAAAGAGUACUUGAUGAAGCUGCUCGUAAACGCAGACAAAAGAAAGCAUUGGAAGCUUUGGAACAAGAUAAUUUUCACGAUGAUCCGCAUGCUGAUUUAGGUA